CUCAAGGUUGCCGUGCGUAUACGACAGCGCCCUGUACGGACAGCCAAUCCUUUCUAGCACAUAUCUGUCUACAUCCAGCUCUUCAUCCUGCACGCAUCUGCAGGUGUUCGAGUGCACACACACGUCCACUCGCGUCGCCUCGACGCACCGCUCAAAGUACACACGAGGCCGCUCUCAUGUCCCGCUCGUCUCAAUGGUCUCCCUGGGCCAGGUGGACAACGCCCACCGUGGCGACCGUCACCGCUAUCUCCCAAGCCCUCUCCGACACCCGCAACACGUUUGUCAUCGAUCGGGCAGGUGCUGGUCUGAUCCUCCGACAGCGGCUUCAGCGCGGACGUUAAUCAGAGCACCAUCAAGGACUGCCGCCCUCGCCAAUCAUGAAGCAGACAAGUUCGAAUUGCCGCGCCGAUCCUUCUUCGCGCAGGAUUCCUUGCCUCGGUUGCAAUUGCUGCCGCUCCCUUUGCGCUCGCGCGUGAGGAGCACGUUCUCCUCCUUCGUCGGUAAGCGGCACCUCAGACGGCGCGGAUCCCGUCGUCUCCGUGACACACGAGUACUCGCCCACUACCCUGUGCACGCGAGCAACUACUAAAGCACCCUUCGCAGAUCGCUAUUACGCACACAUCACGAACCUUUCGCCCACACCGUUGCUGCUGCUGAGGUCAGAGGACGGAGAUGUGAG